AUGAACCUGUUUCUCUUUUCGAAUCACACUGAGCAACGAGGUGACGUAAAGUCAGCACGCGAUCACUCGGUGAUGCUUCGCAAACAGCAGUUUGAGACCAUAAUGAAACAGAAUGCAGUUGGAUCGAUUCCUUCCAAGCGUGAAAAGGAAAUUAAAAAGCCCAUAUUCGGACCUGGACUCAAGGGAAACCGGUCUUCCUUACGGCUUUUUUCGCCCAAAUCGAAUGAGACUGAUUCCCGUACAAAUGUCGGCAACAACGACCCCAACAAUAUCGCUUUUAAAAGUUACACCAGCAGCCGUCGUCUCGUUCCAGAACGGCUCCCCAAGGAACCAAGCCUUCACGAUCAGGACGUGCCAUGGCUGUACUCCGGCAUUGAGGGGUCACGUCCGCAACCGGCCCAGGGACAGUCAGCUAACGAGAAGGACAAACCAGUAGAGGUGCAACUGGGCGUCCUCGAGGAGGGACACAAGUGGUGCCCAUCAAGAAGCCGACCUUCGCAACGGAUAGAGCUCGAAGACCUACGAGACAUCCCGAACUCGGCUAAACGGCCAGGCCGAGUCCUGCCAAACUCGAACGUAGAUCCUGUACGUCUUAUCACUGCUGAACCUUCUUCCAGGCUGCAGUCCCAACAUAUUGGAAGACGUAUGUCAGUUGUAUACUCAUUUGACUUAAAGCAUCAACCCAUUGGAUCACGUGAACCAAAGCAUUCAGGUUCCGGGCUGUCUGGAUCAUUGUAUUGCAAAGUGACUCCUUGCUCCAGGAUCAAUCUUGAGGCCGAUAAGUCGGCGAGCUCCGGUUCCCAUGAUUAUGCCUCUUCGACGAGUCUCUUUGACAAGGCGACCGACUGGCAAACGCGCUUUUUUCCCUCGGUUUCGAUCCUCCAGGCACACUGGACCGAGCUGAAAAUGAGACAGUUAGCUGCUCCUUGUCACAAAUCGCCCGAUGGUUGCCAACGGAUUCAAGAUACAGCUAACUUAAAG